AUGCCGUCGUCCACAGCCAUGGACUCCUACGCUGCUCAGAUUGCUUCUCCCAUGACCACACCGCAGCGUAAGCAAUUGCUCAAGCAGCUUCAAUCACACGAAGCCAUCGACAGCCUCCGCCGUCCAGAAAUUCUCAUGGACUUCUUCACCGACAGUCUUGACAUGAGAGACUUGGGCCUCGCAGUGCCGGCUCUCACAGGGCUGUUUCACCUCAUCACCACAAAGAACCUCGACUACCCCUCCUUCUACCCUCGACUGUACGCACUUCUCGACAGAGAUCUUCUACACAGCAAAUACCGCAGCCGGGUGCUGCGUCAUCUCGACAUUUUCCUAUCUCCAACCAACCAUUUGCCGGCAGCAACAAUUGCCAGUUUCAUCAAGCGGCUUUCGCGUCUGUGCCUCUUUGCCCCUCCAUCUGCCAUCGUGGCCAUCAUUCCCUUCAUCUACAACCUUCUCAAGCAGCAUCCCACCACAACUUUCAUGAUCCACCGUAAUCCGUACCCUCCUUAUACCAAAUUCAAGCACAACCUGGGCAAUGACCCCUUUGAUCCGAACGAGCCCAACCCACAACUCACCAACGCCAUCGACUCCUCGCUCUGGGAGCUGGAGACAUGCCAGUCGCACUACCACCCUACCGUGGCGAGCAUCGCGCGGAUUAUCUCCGAGCAGUUCACGAAACAGCAGUACAACCUUGAGGACUUCCUCGACCACGGAUAUGCUACACUGCUCGAGAGUGAAUUCAAGAAGAAGGAGAAGAAGCCACCGGUGGUGGAGUACAAGAUUCCCAAAAAGAUCUUUGCCGCCGCAGAGGACAGCGAAGAUGAUGCCACGGGACAACAGGAUGGUAUGGACAAAUUAUUGGACAUGUGGGACUUUGAAUGUUAG